UAAUUGGCAGCAAGAGUGACAAAGGUGGUCUGCUUCAAACAAAAACCAGAGUGAAACUCAGUGGACCCACAGAUGGAGGAGGGGGAAAGGCGAAAUGAGGUUUAGUAGGUGGAGAAAGAAAGAGGGGCUCCACAUUAGAUUUUGAGUUAUUUCCAUGUGUUGUUGCCAUCCUGCUUUGGCAUGGUAAUGGAGCCCGAGUCAGGUGAAUGAGACAAGUUGACUGAAUUUUUAGAAAUCUGAACAAAGAUGAAUAAAGUGGGAGAUGAGGACAGCAUCAUGUCCUACUUGUCAAAGAGCUACGUCGAUCUCAGCCCUAAAGACUUCAAUGUAGUAGCCAUGCUCCAUAACUUCUGGGAACAGAAGGCGGUGGGUCACAUGGAUGGCUCCUCCACUGGAUCAGAUGCUUCCGUAGGGGACCCAGCGGGCCAGAUGGAGACCCUGAUCCUGUAUGAAUCUGCUGCUUCCCCCGGUCCGCCGUUUGUCUGCUUCGUCACACUGCCAGGAGGAAGUUGCUUUGGGAACUAUAAGCUGUGCAACACUCAGGCAGAGGCUCGUCGAGACGCCGCCCGAGUAGCCCUGAUGAACUCGCUUGUCAAUGAGCUGCCUUGUCGACGCAUUUGCCCUCAGUUCAUCGCUCAGAGUCUACAGCAGGCCACCAAAGACAGUGAUGUUUCUAUAGAAGCUGCAAAAGAUUCAAGCACGCAUAUAGGAACAUACAGUCUGCUUCUCCACUCUUACAUGGGAAGGACCAUGCUGGAAUUCCAGGAGAUGAUGACGGUUUUUCAGUUGCUGCACUGGAAUGGAACACUAAAAGCUCUGAGACAGAGACAGUUCUCUCGUCGGAGCGUGAUUGCCUAUUACACCCAGCGUGGUCUUGAUGAGUAUAUGCGCAGCAGCAUGGCUUUGGAUUGGCUCGGGCGGGAACAGAGGUCACCGGGCCAACUGGGGCAGGAGCUGCAGGCAGCGCAAAAGGAGCUGCUGCUUGCACGACGCCGAGGCAUCGAGCUGCGUUUCUACAAAGAGAAGACGGGCAUCCUCACCUUGGCUCUCAGUCAAGCAUAUAUUCACCACACACCUGAGAUCCACAGCCAGACACAUGAGAGCAAGAAGGAAGAACUCCCCUUGCAAAUAAUGUGCUCCCAUGAUAGAGAAGUGUCGAUAACGCCAUCCUGCAGUCCAUCACCACCCUUCUAUGAACAGACAAAUCCAGCAAUUUGUGAAAAUCGUGGCGGGAACAUUCCCACUGAUUGUUACCGAACCUGCUCACUUUUCACUCAUAUGCAUGCACUAAACCAGAAUUUACCUGAGGAUACAUGAAAUGUAAUUUCAACAGAUUCUCAGCAACAUGUCCUUGCAUGUUUCUGUUGGCAUAAUAAUGUCAUCAUGCAGUAAUAAAACAGUAUUAUAUAUGGAUAGCACGAUACGCAAUAGCAGUUAUUUAAGUGAUUACGAUAUUUCAUUUAAGGUGACCCUUUCGGUACUCUUAACAACUGUGUUUUCUGCUUUUCUUUUUAUGUCAAUUUACAUGUUAGAUAUUUUAUAUGACUCCCAAGCGCAACUGUGAAAGAUGGUUGGAGGCAGGUCAUUUAUUUACUAUACAUUUUAAAGUUGUUAAUCUAAAUAACAUAAUUGUGCCAUUUUUGAAGACCAGGCCAUAUGAUUCCUCUUCUUUAUAUGCAUUGAAAAGGGAAAAUGUUUGUAUAGAUUUUGUCUCUCAGUCAGUCCCUGUUAACAACAUGGUGAUCAUUGUAGAUAGAUGUUUGUGUUUGGUAUUUUUAUUUGAAAUGUUGAAUAAAUAAAACAGCGGAUCAAGA